AUGAAGAAUCUCUUAACAUUUGCUUUAUUCGUAAUCCUUAUCAAUAAUUUCGCUUUUGCUUUGAGCAAUCCUAAUAAAUUGAAAAGAGGAUUAACAUUCCUAGAUGAAGAUCAAACCAAUUUAACAACCUGUUCCGACUCCAGUUAUUAUUUAUGUUCGAAUGGAGUAGGAUGUUGUCCUAUAGGUUCAACUUGUAUAGAUGGGAAUAAAACUACUAGUAUUAGAACUACUAGUAUUAGAACCACUAGUAUUAGAACCACUAGUAUUAGAACCACUACCACACCUACUAAACCUAAAAUUACUGGUAGUUCUUCUAGUACCUCUAAAACCAAUAUUCAAGGUCCUCCUAGUUUUACUCCCAUUAAAUCUAAAGGUGGAAAGCAGGCAACAUUUGAUUCAUUUGAAUGGAAAAGACAAUCUACCUGUGAUACUGGUUACUAUUUAUGUACAGGGACAACGUUUUGUUGUCCUAUUGGAGUAGAAUGUUUAAUAGAACAAAAGGCAUGCGAUAUAGCAUGUGUUGCUACAGAUGAAUUUUGUAGUAAUGGUAAUUGUUGUAAACCAGGCACACAUUGUGGGUCUGAUGAUCUUUGUUACAAAGACACCACAACUCUUGAUGAAGCUACUACAGAUACUCCUGUCGCGACUACGGGC